AUGAACGCGCCCGAUAGGUUCGAGCUUUUCCUCCUCGGAGAGAGAAGAAGUGCGACGAGGUUCCAUUCACAGGUUAACCUCUCCCAGCCCGAUCCCUGUGGUCUCGCUUGUCCUGGAACCCAGGCUAACAAUCCUCUAGCGAUUCCCAACUGCUCCGAUUUUGUUAUCAAGAAAGAGGACCACACCAUUGGCAACGUGGUCUCCGAGCAGCUCAAGAAGCACCGCAAUGUCCUCUUCGCCGGCUACAAAAUUCCCCAUCCUAAUGUUCCUGAGCUUUUUAUCCGGAUCCAGACGGACGGCAGCAUCACUCCCAAGGAGGCGCUUCUCUCCGUUCUUGAGAAGCUGCUCCGAGACCUAAACCAUCUGAGCCAAGAGUUCACAAGAGAAUGGGAGCUCCGACGCAUGGUUACAGAAGGAGAGCAAAAUCAAAACGGAAACCCGUGA